GUCACGUGACUUAGAAAAGGAGCGGACGGUUUGCAGUCCCGUCGUUGCAAUCUGUAAUGGGCAGUUCAAGUUCUUGUCAAUCUCGGCCGGUUUACGUCGUAACAAUCGGUAGUCCAAAAGUAGUAUAGACCCAAAACGCACGGACAGAUACGUCUAUAUGCUCAGAGGUAGUUUAACAGCUCGAAAUUCUGUUGAUUCGGACGACGAUAUUCACGUCAAGAAGAACAAGGAAGAAGAACCAGUUGCAACAUAGGAAUCGGCGUCGAUGACAGAGGACAAUUUCCCUAGGGUUUCCUCUUCUGAAUCUAUCGAUUCUUCAUCGACGAAGCAGAGAAAAAAGAGGAAGUGGGAUCAGCCUGCCGAGUCAUUGGGUUCAUCUGGAGUAGCAGCUCCUGGUCUUCUUCUAUUACCAAACUUGGGAUCCCUUCCUGGAGUUGCAUUACCUGGUGUAGCUAUAAUUCCUAGUGCUUCUUUCUCAAAUUCUCUUACUGCUAGUGCCGCAACUAUUCUGCCUGUUAUCCAGUUGCCUUUACAGCAACAUGCGACUGCCAUUGCCCAAAAAAUAAAUCAGCCUAAGAUCCAAGAUGAACUGAUAGCACGAGAAAUUGUUAUCAAUGAUGCUGAUUCUACUGUGCGCUAUAAGCUCACAAAACGCCAGACCCAGGAAGAGAUUCAGAAGUAUACGGGUGCCAUAGUAAUUACUAGAGGCAAAUACAGACCCCCAAAUGCACCUGCUGAUGGUGAAAAACCGUUGUAUCUUCACAUAUCUGCUGCGGCUCAUUUGGAAACAACAGCAGAACGGAUCAAGGCAGUUGAUCAUGCAGCUGCAAUGGUGGAAGAAAUGCUCAAGCAUGGGUCUUUCAGCAAUACCAUGAAUUUGUCUUUUUUUGAUCAGGUCAAUCCCUCACUGAGUGCUUGUGUGUUUUUGGGCUUUGAAGCAGAUCCCUCUCUGAAUGUUGCUGCUCGAAUUCGUGGACCAAAUGACCAGUAUGUAAAUCACAUCAUGAAUGAAACGGGAGCAACAGUUUUGCUAAGAGGACGCGGUUCAGGAUAUUGUGAUAGUGUACAGGAUGAUGCUUUUACUCUCUUUGUAGAAGGUCAACAACCAUUGCAUUUACUUUUGUCGAGCAGUAAUGCAAAAAGUCUUGAACGUGCUAAGCUCCUUGCUGAGAACCUUUUGGACACAAUCAGUGCAGAGUUUGGUGCAUCAAGGGUUUCCUCAUCUAAAGUUUAUGGUGCUGUUCCUCCGCCACCACAGUUACUUGCUGGAGUUCAGAGUUCCUUGGAUGAGUCAAACCCAAGUGUCCCACCGUCUGCCAGCUUGACUGCAUCAGCUGCACGGUCUAUUCCAUCAACAGUUUCAUCAAUCUCAAUUCCUGGUGCAUCUAGUAUUGCUUCUCAAGGGCCUGUACCACAUGCUGGAUGCUCAAAUCCUGCAUCUGGGCUGUCUCAUGCGAUUACUGGUGGUUAUUCCCUGUCUUCAUUGACUGGUGGGACGAGCUAUAAUGGUUAUGAUGGAAUAUAUCCCCAAGCAACACCUUUGCAACAAGUUGCCUUGGCCCUUAGGCAGUCAACUUCACCAGUUACUACUUUAGUAGCUCCUGCUGUUACAACUGCGAGCACAGCAUCGUACACAAGUACGUGCUCCUCAUCAGAGAAGGAUAAGCGUUCUUCACAGAAAAGAAAGUUUCAGGAAUUACCAGCAGUAGUUAAAAGCCUAGCAAAUACAAACCAGGUAUUUUCUCUGAUCUUUUAUGAAGCUAACAGGCUGAUACUGGACUUCUCUCGUGGACACUAAUGUGUUUCACAGGGUUCCUUGUUCUGGAGGUGGCAUGGGUUGCUCUAUGCUGUACCAUUUUCGUCUGGACUGAAUUAAGAUUGUGAUUCCCUCUGGCGCAGAAUUACAUAUAUGCUCCUGUAUUUCUUUGUGGAUCAUGCAUUGUUUGAAUUUGUUUAUUUUUAAUUUUUAAGGAGUGAUCAUAAGUGUUGGAUUUGGUAGUUUAGCUGCUUCAUUUCAUUCAUCUCCUAAAUGCUUGAGGUGGCUUUGGAUUCAUUUUAGUUGCCAAUCUAUUGGAGUCACUCAUUUUAAGUCCGGCUUUAAUCUUUAUUGUGCAACUACCCUAAAAACUACAUGAUUAAUUCACAGUUUACACAAAGGGAUGGCAUAAUCCUACAUGUGGGCUGCCAUUGAGCCCUUAUAUCACUUUAAAUAGUUUCUGUGGCUGCUUCUGCUUGUGGGUAUAUGUUUUCUCUAUAUUCCAGAUGCAGGAAUAUAUAAUCAAGACCUUAAGGCGUCAAAAUGUUUUGCUGUAUUUUGUUUCUUAUUGCCACAUUUUCUGCUGAUAUUGAGGAUUUGUUUGGAACCUUUCUUGAAACUGUUACAGGGAUCAGAACUUGCAGAGCCAUGUGAACAAACAUCAGAUAUACAUGGAAAAGAUAUUAAAAGGUUGGUGCAGACAUCAGCAAAUGGAAUAAU